CCGACACGUGCUCUUUCUAGCAUGGCGACGGUUAACGGGUUGGGAUACUGACGGGUCAAGGAAGUUUGUUAAACUUUGUUGAAAUACUAUUUAAUGUAUAUUUUCUCUUGCAAAAAAUGGUGGUCCCGGCGAUGAAACCCCUCUACAUCUGGCAGCCGGCGGUGCGGCCGGUACGGAGAGUGUUCGGGCUCUGCUGAAGUCCGGGGCAUCCGUCGACAGCACCGAUCACCAGGUUGUUCUGUGUCGCUCGAUCUCAGGUCGGCAGCCUCUGCACGUGGCGGCGGAGCGGGGUCACCUGGAGACGUGCCAGCUGCUGCUGGAGGAGGGGGCCGAGCCCGCCGUCCAGUGUCAGACGGGCGACACUCCUCUCCACUUGGCCUGUACGGCCGGCCACCGUGACGUCAUCACAGCCCUACUACGUCACGUCGCCGACUCGGAGACACGUCUGGAGCGUCUCCUCUGCGCCGAGAACGUCUCCGGUUUGACCCCGCUCCACUGCGCGGCCAGCCGGAGCGCGCAGGCCUGGAGUGGGGAGGAGGCGGGGGAUAUACUGGACCUCCUCUGUGUUAGCGGCGCCCGGCUGGACCAUGUGACGUCACAGAACCACGAGACGCCAUUCCACUGUGUGGCCCGCAGCGGCAACGAUCAGCUGUUGGAGAAGAUGCUGGCACUGCUCAGGGACCAGGUGACCAGCAUUGCCGCCGUGCUGAAUCUCCAGACCGCCACUGGGGAGACGUGUUUGAUGGUGGCGGCUCGCGAGGGUCACCAACAGACGGUCAAAACGCUAAUGGACAAUGGAGCCAGACUGGACGUUCUGGACUCGGUCGGCCGCACUGCCCUGCACCUGUCGGCGGCGGCCGGUCUCUCGGGCCUGUGUGAGACCCUGCUGGGCCGACCGGCUCUGCUGAACACCCGCUGCGCCGCCGGGUUCACGGCACUGCACCUGGCCGCGGCCGGAGGUUUCUCUGGUCUGGUGGAGUCGCUGGUACAGAGACACGGAGCGGCGGCCGAUAUCGCUGCGCAGGACGGCCGCACCCCGCUGCACCUCUCCGCUGCGGCCGGUCACCUGGAGGUCUGCAGUACCCUGGUACAGGCCGGCAGCGACACCUCAGCUCGAGACGCGGCCGGACUGACCCCUGUGCUGCUGGCGGCGCGGUACGACCACGCUGAGGUGGUGAAACUGCUGCUCAAGUACAGCCCCGAGCUGCCAGACCUGGCCGAUAAGGAUGGUAACACGUGCGCUCACGUGGCCGCUAUGCACGGAUCGGUGCACGUGAUCCGCGAGCUGCUGCUCUUCAACUCCAUCAUGGUGACGUCAUCUCGCAAUAUGAGGGAUGACGCGACACCUCUCCACCUAGCGGCCGCGACGGGAAACGCUGAAGUGGUCAAAGUGCUGCUCGAAGCCGGCGCCAGCGCUUCUGAUGAGGACAAACUGGGCCUCACCUGCGUCCAUCUGGCUGUCCGUGGCGGCCACAGCGGCGUCCUGACCCAGCUCAGAGACUUGGGGGUCUCCAUGGAGGCUGUCAGCAAAAAGACGAGCCUCGGACCGCUGCACAUCGCCGCCUACGACGGAAAUAUAGACAUGGUCUGGGAGCUGCUGCAGCACAUCUCUCCCACCAUUCCCUCGGAGCCGCCGUCGGAUGAGACGGGGGACAUCACUGCAGUGUUACCACCUGUAGUAGCGACCGAGAGUCAACUGACUCCCCUUCACCUGGCUGCACUGGCCGGACAUGAGGAUACGGCCCGGUUACUGCUCAACAGUGCAGGAGAUGCGCCCGUCGACCCGGUCACAGAGCCGACGGAAUACACGCCUCUCCAGCUCGCCUGUGUGGGCGGCCACUGCCCCGUCGUCACCCUACUGCUCAGCUGGCGCCCCAAUCAGCUGACGGCGACCCAAGGUCACGGUCGCGGCCUGCUUCACCUGGCGGCGGGUCAAGGUCACCGUCAGCUGACGGAGCUUCUGCUCAGGGAGGGCGCGCGGCCGGAGACGACAGAUGAUGAGGGUCUGACGGCGCUGCACCUAGCCGCUCAGCGCGGUCACCUGACCACCGUCCAGCUCCUGGUCGACUCCGCCUCACCAGCGGACCCUGAGGAGAGGACAGAGCUCACCGACACACUGAUCAGACUCGCCGUGGCCGGGGAGCAUGGCGACGUGGCUGGGUAUCUUGUGAAGAGAGGAGGCUUCUCGAAUGGACUGUUCGCAGAUAGGAUGCUGAUCCGCGGUCUGACGCUGAUCGGCGCCAGGAGCCGACACCACCUGCUGGAGGACUUUAUCCUCUCGUCGCCGGCACCCGUCUACACGGCGGCUAAACUGGCAGCCCUGCUGAGGGAUGACCUCUGCAAACAGGACGAGGAGGAGACGGUAUCCCGCGAGCUGCGAGACGCCGCAGCUCUCUGUCAGUCGAUGACGGCCGAGCUCCUGGCGCUGGCCAGCUGUCGCAGCUCAGUGUCCGCCGUAGUGUCGGCCGUGGACCCGCAGCAGACGGAGCUUCUCGACCUGCUCAUACAGCUGAGACACAAACAGGUGAUCGCCCACCCGGUGGUCCAGUCCCACCUCUGGGACGUCUGGCGCGGCGGCGGGCCGGCCUGGCCGCGGUGGCGCGCCGUCGCUCUACUGGCCGCUCUCCUGCUCUGCCCUCCUCUCUGGGCGCUCCUCUCUCUACCUGUCGGCCCGCGCUGCGGUCGUCUGCCGCUGGUGCGACUGGCUGCCCGCCUCACCUCCCACGCCCAGCUGUUGGUACUUCUGGCUCUUCUGGUGGCCACCGGACGUGGACGGUGGCCGCCGCUGGCCGGACCGCUGGAGGGGGCGCUGCUGCUCUGGAUGGCUGGACUGAUACUGGCUGAGCUGACGGCUGGGCGGGGAGGCGGUGGACUGAGGGUGCUGAGGCUGGCCCAGCUCUGCCUGGGUGUGGCUGCCCUGGCCGUCCACGGGGCGGCGCUGGUUUCGGCCGGGACGGAGAUGGAGAGACGAGAGGCGGUCUACAUCCGUAACCAGAUUUUGGCAUUUGUGCUCCUGCUGGGCUGCGUGCAGUUGCUGGAUUUUCUGACAUUCCAUCACAUGUUCGGGCCAUGGACCGUCACUCUGCGGGCUGUCGCCGCUGAACUUGGACGGUUCCUGCUGCUGCUCUGUCUGGUGGUGUGCGGCUUCAGCCUGCAGGUGACGACCGUCUUCACGCCGGUCCGGCCGAUGCCGAGUGUGAGGAAACAGGACGGCAUGGGCUACCCGCCCAGAGACCUGCCGGAGCGCGGCGUGCUGAGCUCGCUGGAGAUGAUGCUGUUCUCUCUGGUGGGUCUGGCGGCCUCCUACGGCUCCCACCCGCCCCCCGUCACCCACCCAGCCUGGUCGGGCGCCCUGCUGAAGACCGUGAUGGCUCUCUACCUGCUGGUGGCCAGCGUGGUGCUCACUGGGCUACUGGUGGCAAUGAUGACGGAUUCGUGUCGACGCAGUCAGACGGAUUCGGAGAUUGAAUGGAAGUUUGAGCUGGCCCAGUUGAUCCGAGGUCUGAGCCGAAGCCGGGCCCCUCCGGCCCCUCUGAACCUCAUCACCAAGCUGGUGGUGACGCUACACGCCUGCGUCAGGUUCAGAGGUCGCCUGUGGGACCCGGCAGCGCGACAGCAGCUCAGUACCGAGAGGCUGACGGAGCGGGCGCGCCGCCUGGGGCCGGCAGCCGCCUGGAGUGGUAGGCUGCGCCGCUCGGCAGCCGCCGACGGCGCCGGAACAGACCGUGACCGGGCGACCCUGGUGGUUCAGCCGUCGGUGACAGCGGCUCCUUCUCUGAGCGGCGGACGGAGACUCGAGGACGUGGUAGACUGGUCCCAGGUGUCAGCACUGUUCCUUCAGCGCCGGGGCCGGACCGCCGCUCGCCGCUGUUCGCCGGGUCUGGGCGACUCAGACCCCGGCGACAUCCUACCAACCACCGACGGACCCUAGACACACUAACGCCCACUCGGACUCCAAGAGAAGACCCCACAGGGUGAUCGGGAAGGAACCCGCCUACCUGGAAAGGUCACCGCAAUAAGACGCCCCGAGAAGCACGACGCGGUUCAGGAUCACCCGUCAACUCUGAACGUGGAACAAAUCGAGAUUCGAGUGCAAAUUUAAGUCCAGUGAAGUCCGCCCUACUGAAGACCGAACACAACCAGACUACCUUAACGAAUGUUAAGUGCUGUUCAGUACAUAUGUCGUGCAUCAUGUAGUCGGGUCUCGAAAUCGAAAUUGAUCGGCAGGCUAGCCGCAGGCACAGGUCGAAGAGCGAAACUGUUUUUUAGGGUCUUGAGCGAAACCAUGCUGUGAUCUAUAUAUGGCCUUGGCUGUGAUACUGAAUACCGCGAUUUCAAUCAACUUUGUCAUGUGCAAGGAAAGAACUGUUCGUUUCUUAGAGACGGAUGCUUUGGAUUGGUUGGGCGCAUUUGUGUUCGACAACUGUCCUCGCUUUGCAGUGUGAUUUUAUUAGAGGUGGAAUACUGUCGUGUGUUGAUAAUGAUGGAUUAGGGCGCAUAGCCAACCAGACCCGAGCGUCCGGCUUCGCUGUAUUCGUGUCCAUUUGCGAUCCCGCGUCCCGUUCUUACGAGCAGUGAGUACCCAGGAGCACUGAGUACUCAGCAGGUAUUGCCAGGGAUGGUGGAAGACUUUGGGGUGGGACAGUUGGGUGGGUGGGAUGUUGCUGUGGACAGUGCUUGAUAUCGUGGCUUGGUGUGAGAUGCUCGAGUGACAUAUCGGCAGAAUCAGAAUUCAGAGGCCUUCUAUGGCAAAUAUGAGAGUGACAUCGUUUCUAAGCGGUAUUCUGUCUGCGCUGCAUGUGUUUGUUAUCAAUUUUAAUUGCUAUGUUACAUUAGGAUGUGCCUUGUCGAUCAGUGGUUGUAGAGAUAGGAUCUUGAAUUUUCGCAACCUACGUGUGGAAAUAUCAUUAGUAAAUAAAGCCUG